CCCCUUUGCUCAGUACCACUUUCACCAAUACAGCACUUCUUCUUCUUCUUCCUCCUGCUCUCAACGCUCUCUCUGAUCUUUUAUUCAAAUUAAGUCCUUUUUAAUAAUCUAAUUCCUAACUAGAGUAAGAAGGAAAAACAAAUGGCUGUUGACUCUGCUCUCUCGUCUCCGCUGGGUCCUCCGGCCUGCGAGAAGGACGCAAAAGCGCUUCAAUUCAUCGAGGAAAUGACCCGCAACGCCGACGCCGUCCAAGAGCGGGUUCUGUCCGAAAUCCUGGCCCGGAACGCCGAGACUGAGUACCUGAAACGUUUCGAGCUCGGCGGCUCCACCGACCGCGAAACCUACAAGUCGAAGCUUCCGGUCAUCACCUACGAGGAUCUUCAGCCGGAAAUUCAGCGUAUUGCUAACGGGGAUCGCUCUGCUAUUUUGUCAGCUCACCCUAUUUCCGAAUUCCUCACCAGUUCUGGGACUUCCGCUGGUGAAAGAAAACUCAUGCCGACGAUUAAGGAAGAGUUGGAUCGCCGCCAACUAUUAUACAGCCUACUAAUGCCAGUAAUGAACCUUUACGUUCCGGGGCUGGACAAAGGCAAAGGUCUAUACUUCCUGUUCGUGAAGUCCGAAACAAGGACACCGGGCGGGCUACUGGCCCGGCCUGUUCUGACGAGCUACUACAAGAGCGACCACUUCAAGACCCGCCCUUACGACCCUUACAAUGUCUACACCAGCCCCAACGAGGCCAUCCUCUGCUCCGACUCCUUCCAUAGCAUGUACACCCAGAUGCUCUGCGGCCUCCUCGAGCGCCACCACGUCCUCCGCCUCGGCGCCGUCUUCGCCUCCGGCCUCAUCCGUGCCAUCAAGUUCCUCCAGCUCAACUGGUCAAACCUCGCCCGUGACAUCCGCUCCGGCACCCUCAACCCCAAAAUCUCCGACCCCGCCAUCCGCCGCCGCCUCGCCGAAAUCCUCGUCCCCGAUAACGACCUCGCGGACUUCAUCUCCGCCGAGUGUUCAAAGGAUAAUUGGGAGGGAAUCAUCACAAGAAUCUGGCCCAACACCAAGUACUUGGACGUGAUCGUCACCGGUGCAAUGGCACAGUACAUUCCGACUCUGGAAUACUACAGCGCCGGAUUACCAAUGGCUUGUACCAUGUACGCCUCGUCAGAGUGCUAUUUCGGCCUGAAUUUGAACCCGAUGUGCAAGCCCUCGGAAGUGUCCUACACAAUAAUGCCGAACAUGGCAUACUUCGAAUUCCUCCCUGAUUACCACCCGAACUCAAACUCCGAGGAGGUCAAACUCGUUGACCUGGUGGACGUUGAGAUCGGGAAGGAGUACGAGCUGGUGAUCACGACCUACGCGGGGCUGUACCGGUACAGAGUCGGCGACAUCCUCCGAGUCACGGGGUUCCACAACUCGGCGCCGCAAUUCCACUUCGUGAGGCGGAAGAACGUCCUCCUUAGCAUCGACUCCGACAAGACCGACGAGGCCGAGCUCCAGAAGGCGGUGGAGAACGCGUCGAAGUUGCUGUCUGAGUUCAACACAAGCGUCGUCGAGUACACCAGCUACGCCGACACGAAGACGAUCCCGGGGCAUUACGUGAUCUACUGGGAGCUUCUAGUGAAGGACGCGGCGAACGCCCCGAACGACGACGUUUUGGGGCGGUGUUGUUUGGAGAUGGAGGAGUCGCUGAACUCGGUGUACCGACAGGGCCGGGUCGCGGAUAACUCGAUCGGGCCGCUGGAGAUCCGGGUCGUCAAAACGGGGACGUUUGAGGAGCUCAUGGAUUACGCGAUCUCCAGAGGCGCGUCGAUCAACCAGUACAAGGUUCCUAGGUGCGUGAACUUCACGCCCAUCACGGAGCUCCUGGAUUCUAGGGUGGUCUCGUCGCACUUUAGCCUCGCUCUCCCGCACUGGACGCCGGAAAGGAGACGGUAGUUUCGGGUUUGAAAAAUCCAGAGUCAACGACGUCGUUUCAUGAAUUUUUAUUUUUAUUUUAUAGGUUUUUUUUUUUUUUACUGGGGUUGUAGAAUUUUUCUUUUAUAAAAAAAGUGAGUUUGAUUAGGAUGUUUCAGGGUCAGGUUUUGUAUUUUGGUUCAAUUAACUUGUGGAAAAAAGAUAAGGAUGUGACUUAUCAAAAGAUGUUCUCGUUCUGUGAAUUGUAACUUUUAUGUAAUGGAGGAAAAAAGAAAAAGAAAAAAAGGAAGUAAAGAUCUGUUUUUGGACGAA